AUGGCUUCUUGCACUACAACUUCCAAUCCAUCAUCUGGUGAACUUUUUCCUCAGUUACUGACCAAAGAGCGACCAUUCGAGUUCGGUAGACACGGCGAGCCUUUAUCAGAAAAUAGUCUUUCGAACAAUGAUUACAUUCAAAGCGACUGCAAAAUCUUAGCUGCGAUGGAUGAAAGAUUCCGUGAGCUUCUACCUCACUUUGAGGCUCUUGAGAGGACCCAGUGUUACAUCAAGAAUUUUCUUCAACGAAAGGCAGACAAAAUUAGAAGAGGUGAAGACGACGACUCAACAGACUCUGAGGAAGACGAUGGCGAGGAAUCCGAGGGUGAAGAUGAACAAAUAGUAGCUCCAGUUAUUCUGGUGCCGUUCUUUGGAAGUAAAGCAGAAAUGGCGAAGAUCGAGAAUCGUUCUUUAGUCUACAAACUUUUACUUCGUAGAAUAGAUGUCGUGAGAUGUGAGGAUAAAGACAAAUAUGCCUCUCUUCAGGAUCUCGAACAUGCCAUUUACGAAGCCCAAGAUGCCAUCGACGAAUACAAAGAAUUUAUUUACAAGAACUAUUACAACUUAGAGAAGCUAGAAGAAAUGCGCCUUUUUUACAACGAUUGUCUCGAGAAUACUUUAAGUAAGGUGUUGGAUGAAAAAGAAAAAGCUAGUUUUGAAUUGGUGAUGGAAGAUUUCACUCGGUUUCAUUGCCCUACUGCUCGAUUGAGCGCUUUACUUGGUCUCAAACUCGACUUCCUUGACCGCGUUAAAGAAAUGCCGCCAGAACACGCUCAUCAUCGAUCGCUCAGUGACUGGAUUGUUACCUUUUUACGAAACAACAACGAAUCUGUCCCUUCUACUGACAGGAAAGUUCUCACCAAAGAAUUGCUUGAUACAAUCGGCUUUGACCCCCUAAGUAAAACAGUUGAAACUAUCAUUUGGCGCUCGCGAAACAUGCAACGUCACAUCGAGGCGUGCGAGUGGGCAGAACUUUUCAUUAGAGAUGAAGUGAAAUACCAUCCUUUAUUUUAUUCCCUGUCAGUUCCAUUUCCUUUUCAAGCCAAUUUGAUUAACUCGUGGUUUCAACUGCCGAGCAGAGCAGAUGAAGAAAGUGAAUGUGAAAUAGAUCCAAGCCGAGUUAACAUCAUGAACCUCGUGACAGAGGAAUCCAAUGUGGGUAAUACCACUCAAGCUAAUCUUAAUGGCUUUCUGCCUCGAGAUGAAGAUCACGUUCUGCUUUACCACGCUACGGAUCACUUCAGCGCGGUCGACAUAUUGCUUCGAGGAAUAGAUUUGAGCGCGGGACGGCAAAACCGCGAUUUCAGCUGUGGAUCAGGCUUUUAUUUAACAAACAGUUUGGAUAGUGCGUUAGGCUGGGCCAAAAGCACCACAGCCAAACCAGCCAUUCUUGUUUUCCAAGUAAAUCACCAAAUUCUAAAUGGUGCAAGAAGAGAAAAUUUGGACAACAAUGAGGAAAGAUGGAGUGAAAUCGUUUCGUCAUUUCGAUCGGGUCGACGAACGGCAAAAAUGCGAAAGAGUUUGAGAACAUUUGACUUGAUCGAAGGUCCUGUGGCUACAUUAACAGCCGGUGAAUCCUCUGAAGACGUUGUAUUUGAGGCAAAAGCCUCGUCCCAUCAGAUAUGCCUUAUAUCAGAAGACUUUUCAGAAAAUUUCCGCCAAAAUCUUCAUUCUAUAAUAUUCUACUACUUUUCGUGACUGUAUGCCUAGGAACAUUAUGAUAAUUCACUUAAGGCUUAAAAAAAGAAAAUUAUAAUACUUUUCGUAGAGAGUGUUUGUUUUCAAAAUUGGCUGAACUUGCUUGAAUAAGUUUUUGAAAACUUCAAUGUCAUAAAACCUUUAAGCCUUAAGAGAAGAGAGCAUCAAAUGCUUUAUCAAUGUUUAAAAUUUAGAAUGAAGAACAUUAUCACAAUAAUGAAUUUAAUGUAUUCUUUAAACAUCUCGCCACCACUUCCAUGUUUAGGGGCACUAACAAUAAUUAAUUUUGAUAUUAGGGCUGAAUCUUGUCAUUAGAAGCUAAAUGCCUCUUUUCAAGUUUCAAAUGCGGAAUAUGCAAUAGCAGGUUUUUUUCUACGAAAAUAUUUUGUGUAAAAAUGAAAGUGGAAAUGCUAAGAUUUUAAAAGUUCAAACUUCCAGUGUAAAAAUGUGCAAAAUGAGAUAGGAUUUAGUUAAUAAUGUGUUGCUCAUCAGUACCAGGAACUUUUCAUAAAGACUUCAAAAACUCAUUAAUAGUUCAUAACGAAAAAACAAAACAAAUGAAUGUUUAGUGUUAUUGAGUCUGUUUACAUCUGAUUAAGACACAGGUAAACUUUACGCCCAAUUUUUUAGACCAAAAAAAACCGAAAUCUAAAUAUUAGUGAAAGAAUGAGUUGAUCUCUUUGAGAGAUUUUGAAGCCGUUCAAAAAACUCGCAGUCGUGUAUUAUCAGGUUUGAAAAUUCUCGCCAAACCUGAUAAUACUCUGCUGUUUGUUUUUAAGCAGUACUUAGAAAUUUCGCUGGCAUGAGAUAAAAUCAAAUGUGAAGCCAAACUUCAAACUGUCGUUCUGUCAUUAUACAAUUCGCGUGUUGUAAUGCAUUGUAAGUUCAGUAAUAAAUGAACUGAAUUGAAUCACAUCUUACAUCAUAAAGUUGCUCGGUAGUUAUCACUGACAGGUUCAAGUUCAACCCUUGGUGUCCCCACACUUUAAGCCGAGAAGUGCGUGUUAGCCCUUGUUAUGACACCAGUUCUGGGUACUAAAAAACAGCCUUAUUUACCCUGUGAAUAUCGCUUAUUAACCCUUUAAGCCCCAGUAUCCACAUACAAAUUCUCCAAACUGAUCUCUAUACAUUUCCUUUAAGAAUUAGUUAAGAGAAUUUGAUAAAAGAUCAAAGUAUUUUCUCUCAGGUGAUCAUUUUAUUAAUUCUGAUAACCUCCUCUCAUGAUAAUGCAUGGAUGUCGUGUGGAGAAAAUUGCUGUUGGUCAUUAUUGGGACUUAAAAGGUUAAUAUAUCCUCGUAAUGUGAAAUGUGCCAUCCCGUCUCUCCUUUGCAGACAUCCUUUUGGCUCAUCAUGCAACUCUCUUUCGUGAUAGUUAAGCUAAAAAGACAUCUGUGUAGGACGCUAUAAUCCCCAGGCUACUAUUAUCAAUGAUGAAUAAUACUAAUGCCUCCGUUUUUAGGGGGAGGAUGCUCACGCUUCGUGAUUGACUAAGUCAUACUGUUUUAAAGAAAAACAAGCCUAUAGUGAAUUGUUUAGAAUGUAACAGCUCCGUUAUUAGGCUUGGCUAAAUCCGUAUAUUAUCUUUCAGUACAUCUUAUCUUCUCUCUGUUUCAGAGAAACAAAUUUAAAAACAACUAUUUUCUAUAAAGAAUUAUCCAAGUCCUUUAAAAUUCCCUAUCAACAACCGAGCCAAUUAGAAUGCGCAUUCCCUUAUACAUUGUACAAUCAUUUUCAAAAUCCACUGGAAAGGAAACUUUUUAACAGUUUUGUAAGCCAAGAAAUCCACUACCUUGGCUGAACAGAGACAGGAAUCUGUGGUGCUGAUAUUUGACUAUCAAGUUAACGGAUGGAACAUCUUCAAGAAAAACCAUAGAGAGGUCGAGGGAUGUGUUAAGAUUUCAAAAGAAAAACCUAUCUUUAAUAAAAUUGUACCGACAAAUACGACAAGUAACUGAUAUAUCGGGUGAAGGUGAGUCUAACUAAAAAUGUGCCAGAGGAGAUUUCAGAUCAGACAGUGGAAUGGGUCAACAUUUAAUAUGGCAAGUGGAAUAGGAACAGUUACUUUCUACCCUGCUGUUUCUUCAUUUUGAUGUCCCUGACUUAUUAGUACCCUUAGUAAGAAACUGAUUAGUCAGAGAUAAUGUCAGUUCUUGUUACAACACAGUACAACAUUAAUGAUCCGCUCCUACAAAUGUUGCAAAAGGAUAAAUUGAAAAAUAAUGACAGCACUGAUAAAUUACCUUCUCGUCAAAUAACCAAGAAAUGUUAUAGACUCCUCCUACGUUGAUUUUCCUGUUUUCGAGAUAAAUGGUUUUUAAUAGAGCACAAACACAUUGCUUUAUGGCGCGAUGCAACAGCGAUAGUAAACGAUAGCCAUAAGUUGUUUUACUUUGAUCACCCUGUAUUGCUCCUCUAAGAAAUGAUGGCCGUAAACAAAUUCAUACGUUUACGAUACGUUUUAGUAUUGACAACAGUUAGAAGAAUGCUAUAGGUGUUAUCAUGUACUCAAACAAAGAAAACAACUUCUUUAUGGCUAAUGUUCAAAGAAAAUUACAGAAUGGAGGCUUCGAUCAAAUAUCUCAGCACAACUGUCUUCUUUAACACAUAGUUGAUAUGUACCAUGUCUCUGCCUCGGAUCAUCGUCAUUUAGAUUCCUGCUAGACCAAGAAGCCAUAGGCCCUUCGAUAAAGUCGUACUCCCUCAAACUUUUGACAAAUUUUUUAGCUGGCCGUCCUGAGCGAAAUUGCUUGAUCAACUCUGACCAUCUCUUCUUGUUAUUCCUCAGAUCCAACCCUUUAUAUGGAUCUCGCAGCUCCGUCUUCUCGACACAAAAGACAAGGACAGCAGUUUUAAGGUGUCCACGAGAUGCUGGCCAUCUGCAAGCCUCCUCAAAGUCAUCACCAAGAUAGAAACCGUCCCCGUUGCUGAAAUCUUGGCAAUCAGCCCCCUUUUUAAAGUCGAUGCCACCUUCUAUAAUGUCCUGAGCGUACUGGUGUCCUGUUCCAUGGUAAAAUACUUCAUGAUUGCCAUCAAUAAGUGAAUUCAUGAAAUCAUCGACGCCAUUUUGGGAUAAGUAGCAUUUAGUAAUACUUUCCUUACCGGCUUUAUCGACAUUUAUUACCUUUACCGGCUGUUUUCUAUCGUUCUCAUCAUCUGGCAGAGUGAACCAUUCAUUAGUGACUGUCUCCUUGUACGGAAAACGGUUACACUUGAAUAAAACAUUCCCAAGGUGUUCAAAUACAUGUAGGAAGUGAGAUUUAAGAUGCAGGAAUAGUCGGCUGGCUCGAGGAAAAUUCUCCACGUUCUCCAUUUUCGGCGUGUUGAACCACUCAAUCAUUUCUUGCAGGGUCUGAAACCAUCGUUGAAUUUCGCUCGCAUCCAAUCUUUUUAUCCAAGUACAACUCAGAUUGGUUGCCAUUGCGCUUGAGAUCAUCAUCCUUUCAGUCAUCGCCAUUGCCUUCGGCAUACGAUUAGCAAGAAACGCGCAGAAUUGCCCUUAUAAUGCUGAUCGCUACACAUUCCCAGAAACUCCCUUAAUUCUGAGAAAUUCAAGCAAACCAUUUGGGAGAUUUAUGAGACUGACCAUAUUUGAUAGAGCGCAGCGCUAAAUGCAGGCUACUUGGAACAACCUAGAUAAAAAGAUGUAAUCUAACAAACUUUCUAGCAUUGGCUAUACGACCCACUUUAACGCGAAGAGACUUUCCAUCAGGCAGACGAAACAGUAAUGAAUGAUUUUAAAAACCACAUCGAGCAAAGAUUCAGACAAAUUUUCGAAUUCUCCCUUCCCUCCUUUUCACCUUUCUUUUGUACGGUUCAUUGGCUGACGUGAUUGAUAUCGAUCCCGUUUCCAUGGCAAAAUACUCUAACCGGUGACAAGAAUAAAUAAGUAAUACGUGGCUCUGUGGGAUUUUUUAUAUUCAAAUAUGGAUGGUUAGACAAUUUAUUUUCUCGCAUUUAAUUCUCUCUCAGAUUCAUGUAGCACCAGUCUUUUGGAUAAUUCGAGACGUGCCUUACACAUUGGCGAGAAUCAAUCCAAUACAAGUGUGACCAUGGAUGAGAGAACGAGUACAAGGGCCUUUUAUUUUGACUACUGAUUCAGAAGAACUUCGGAAAAAUCAGAACCCUCAUGACGUGAAAUAAACCACGAAACUCAAAGCUUAACAUGUUGGAAAGAGACUGUACCGAUCAUUGGGACAAUCAAAAUUGGUCACAACUAUGUGUUCUGCUCGGAUUAAAACUCGACUUCCUUGACCGCUUCGACGAAAUACCGCCCGAAUUUCGUGAUCGUUAUACACUCACUAACUGGAUAGCUACUUUCUUGAAAGCAAAGUGUGAGCCAGUUUGCUCGACAACCAAAUCAUCUCUCACCAAAGAGUUGCUUGAGGAAAUCGGUUUUGAUCCACAUAGUAAAGCCGUUGAAACAAUAAUUGCGCGCGCAUUCGCAGGAAAUUCGCAACACCACGUUGAAGCGUGCGAAUGGGCAGAAAUUUUUGUCAGAGAUGAGCUGAAGUACAAUCCUACAUGGAGUGCCCUGUCUGUGAACUUUCCCUUUCAAAGUAACAUAACGAAUUUAUGGUUUCAAUUCCCGAAUAUGACAAACGAGGAUAGGAAAAGUCAAGAAAGCCCUCGCCACGUCAAUAUUAUGAACUGCGUGACGAAGGAAUCUCGUGCGUACAGAGACACUCAUACAUUGUUCGACAGUCAGUCACAAGGUGAACAAAACGUGGUGCUUUUUCAUGGCACAGACCAUCUCAGCGCGGCUGACAUAUUAGUCCGGGGAAUAGAUUUGUGUGCCGGAAGACAGAAGCGUGAUUUCAGCUGUGGAUCAGGGUUUUAUUUGACAAGAAAUUUAGUUGAUGCUUUAGACUGGGCAAAGAGCACCACAGCAAAGCCCGCCAUUUUGGCUUAUCUUGUCGACAGCAGGCUUUUGGAUAAUUCUAGAAGACUUAAUUUAUUCGAACAUGAAGAUAGAUGGCGCGAAAUUAUUUGUUCGUAUAGAUUGGGUCGGAGAACAGCCAAAACACGAAAGAGUUUGAUAACCUCUUAUGAUUUGAUUGAAGGACCUAUUGCCACACUGACGACAAACGGAACAUCUGACGAGUUAGCGUUUGAGCCCAGACCCUCAUCUUAUCAAAUGUGCCUCAUUUCAGACGAAUUUGCGGAGGUUUUUCAGCAGACACUUUACUCGGUUGUAUUUCUUGAUAUCGGAUCGUAG